AUGAGCCUACUAUUCAAAUCGCUUCUUGUUGUGCUAGUUUUUUUACUCUUCACGGGAAAAAAGUAUUUGCCCGGCGUUUACACUGCCCGCUGGCUGUGGAUCAUUUUGAAGUAUCUCAAGCUGAUCAAACCAAAAGCUGAAGGGGUGGAGAACCCUUUUGUCGAGUUCACAAGAACCACACGGUGUUCGUGGCUGGAAUGCGACAUCUUUGGUUUCCACAAGAACAAUGCAACCUACUUUACAGAGUUGGACUUGGCACGGACAGAGACUUUUAUGUUUGCCCUACAUCGGUACUUCUACAACGAAUACCAAAACGGCAAGAUUGCAUUCAUCCCCUUGGCAACGGUUCAGGCCCACUUUCUGAAAGAACUCAAGACUUUCCAAAAGUACUACAUUCGAACCAGAAUCGUAGGCUGGGGGGAUAAAUGGAUCUAUUUGAUAACCAUCUUCACCAUCCCGGAGCCAGAGAGAACCGUCGAUGCUCAAUACCAGCCAAUCAAAGUUCUACAAGAUAUCCCUCCCUUGUAUCACCACCUUGACAAUGACAAUCCUAAGCGUAGCCACACCGAACGCGUACUUUGCUUGAGUGUGGCGAAGUUGAUCUUCAAAAACGGCCGCCAAACGAUCCAACCAUGGGACAUCAUCCAAAGAUCUUGCUCCUCGUCAGAAUCCUCCACCCUAACCAGUGCUGUCAAUGAGUAUGCCCAUGAUGUUGAAUCAAAAAUAGGCAAUUACUCUCAAAAUGUGGUGGAGUUGCUGAAAAUUUACGAAAAUUCUCCUUCGCAGCUGAGUGAGAAUUUCGUCGCCAAACUAAAAUUAUAA